AUGAGAAUGGAUUUCGGAAUCCCCAGCCAUUUGACGGAAUCGAACUCGCAACAAGUUGCACAGCAGCCGGUUACACAGCCAUUGCGCCAACCGUGCAGUACAAAAAAAGUUUAUAACAAGGAUAUCACCUGUGUAAUAGACAAGGGCCAAGAACCUGUUUGCAAAGUUUCAAAGAGGAUCCAACGCAGAACCACACUGGAGACAGUUCCCUCACACGACCCGUACAUCCCUAGAAACAGCUCCAUACUGUAUAAUUGCACCACAGAAUGUACAUUGAUGAAUGCGACCUCUAUGAUAGACAUCAUCUCACCGAAUCUCUUCCUUAAGUCCUGCUUCAUAGAGUUUACUAAGACCGAUGAUUACAAUUGUGAGACUAUCAGAUACAAUCACUUUAAAAAUGCUGAUAAACUUGCAUUCUUGACAAAUAUUUUACCAAAUAAAUCCUACUACUUUGUCGACUGCUUGGUGUACGUGGACGGUGACAGAGUGUGUCACAAGAAAGAUGGUUCUGACGCUUCCUACAUGAGUCUCGUGGAUACAGGUACAAUUGUCAAACCGAACUCGACUAACGUCCUAUCACAGGACGAGUUUAUUUGCGAGGAAGACAAGGACAGGCAAAUAAAUUGUGAUUUAAAUAAAUAUGUCCCAUUCGAUGACGGCCUGAAAGAGAAAGAGAAGAUAAAAAUUGAUGAUAACAUACUCUUAAAAACAAAUUCUCGGGUCGUUUUACUGAAAAGAACUUGCAUAAAGUCAUGGUGUGGCUACAGCGGGACGAUGAAAUCUACCAGAAGAUUUUCCUACAGCCCUCCAGGUGGUAAUAUUUACCGAUGUUUCUACGCUAAUGGCCAGCAAGUUUGCAAAGUAGUCGGCAUUCCAGGGAGGGUGGUGUAUAACAAACGCAGUUGGCUCGAAAGGAACACAUAA